ACGCAACAUGCGGCUGUGCUAGUAUGGAUGGAAAUAUAGGGCAAACAGAAUGACAACAAUACUGGCACACUGGCACAAGGGAUGCCAGAUUGUGUGAUCCCUCCUCAGAAUUGUUGCCAGGUUGUACAAUUACUCCUCAAGCUCUCCGUUGCCAUCUCCAGGGCUGGAGGAUAAAUCACAGCACUACACUAGGAUGAUGAUGUUGUUCUGCAGUAUUAUUUAAGCCAUGCUCAAUGAUGCAGUUUCAGUCGGCAACCAUAUGGAAGGAACAGCAUGCUGUGUGAAUCCUGAAUCACUUCCAAAUAAACAAGAGCUAUGCAAUGAGUGGAGUUACACAACCCACAUGUAUGUAGUUGGUUGUUAUUUAAUGCAUAGGCUGGAUGAUGACGUGAUGCUGUGGGACUGAGAUGCAGUUGCAGUGCAUUGGCCAGCGGGCGGCUACAAUAGCUGUAUUUUCCUCUGUCUCUCUCACAAGGCAACCCAGGAUAGAAGCCAGGCUUCACGCAUCUUGCAGAACUGCCAGAUCCUAGUGUGUAUGCAUGUGCACACGUCUGCGCAUAUGUGUGUGCGUGCCACCCUCCCCUCCUCCUUCCUGCCGGCAUCAUCCCUCGCUCUCCAUCAGGGAUGGUGAGGGAGUGUUUAUGAGCAUGUGCUGCGAAUCACACAGAAUGAUGGAGGACCAACAGCUCCCUGGAUAAACCCUGCAGACUAAAACAUCACAACAACUCAAAUCAUGCACUUAAGGUGGGUGGAAAGAUGUAGCUGAGGAACAAACGGAAACCAAUCUUGACCGUUCACAAACUCAGGUCAUCCCUGAAAGGGGUGUGGCCUGUGGAGUACCGCCCAACAUGUCCAAGAAACCCCCCAGUGGGCGGGGCAAAGGGGAGCGGCCUGACGCCAUGGCAGCACUGCAGGCAGCCAAUGAGGAGCUGAGGGCCAAACUCACCGAAAUCCAAAUUGAACUGCAGCAGGAGAAAACCAAGGUCAGUAAGCUGGAAAGGGAGAAGUCUCAGGAGGUCCGUCACGAGCAGCACAAGUCCACGGUGGUGGUGACCGAGUUAAAAGCCAAACUACACGAGGAGAAACUUCGGGAGCUCCACAGCGUUCGGGAAACACUCCUACGUCAGCACGAGUCCGAACUGGUGCGGGUCAUUAAGAUCAAAGACGGAGAGAUCCAGAGGCUCCAGGCCCUCGUCAGUGCCCUCAGAGAUGGAUCCACCGAUAAGGUGAAGUCUGCACUGAUGGCGGAGGCGCGAGAGGAGUGCCGGAGGACUUUCGAAGGGGAGCGCAUGCGACUGCAGCAGGAGAUCUCCGAGCUGAAGGUGGUGAAGAGGCAGAUGGAGGAGGCGUUAAGCAUGGCUGUUCAAGCCGACAAGAACAAAGCCGCCGAGAUCCGCAGCGUCUACCAUCUCCACCAGGAGGAAAUCAACCGCAUCAAGAGAGAGUGUGAAAGAGAGAUCCGCAGACUGAUGGAUGAGAUUAAACUAAAGGAGCGCGCUGUCUGUGGGCUGGAGAGAGAGCUCAGCGCUCAGGCGGGCCACACGUGGAAACUACAGCAGCAGAAACAGGCUGUAGACACUCAGCUGGCCCUGCUGCGAGACUCCAGCCCCAGACGAGAGGGCCCUUAUUCACCUACUGCAGGAGACGCAGCAGAGAACACAGCUAACCCUAUGCAGCAGUUGGAUGAGAAGGAUGCUCGACGUUUCCAGCUGAAAAUCGCAGAACUGAGUGCUAUUAUCCGCAAACUAGAAGAUCGCAAUGCACUGCUUUCAGAGGAACGCAAUGAACUGUUAAAGCGUCUCCGUGAAGCUGAGAGCCAGUAUAAGCCAUUACUGGACAAGAACAGGCGUCUCAGCCGCAAGAAUGAAGAACUGGCUCAUGCAUUGAGACGCAUGGAGAACAAACUGCACUUCGUCACGCAGGAGAACAUCGAAAUGCGAGAGAAGGCUGGGACGAUACGCCGGCCCAGUUCUCUGAACGAUCUGGAUCAGAGUCAAGAGGAAAGAGAGAUUGAGUUUCUCCGACUACAAGUGCUGGAACAACAGAACAUAAUCGACGAUCUGUCCAAGGCGCUGGAAACCGCUGGAUACGUGAAGACUGUGAUCGAGAGAGACAUGCUGCUGAGAUACAGGAGACAGGACAGCCUGCGCAGGAAGAAGCCCUUCAGAACCUGUAGGCCGGUGGUGGAGACGUUUUUUGGCUAUGAUGAGGAAGGCUCUAUAGACUCAGACGGCUCCUCUAUUUCCUACCACACAGACCGAACGCCCUGCACACCAGACGAUGACCUCGAAGAGGGAAUGCUGAAGGAGGAGAUAGAUCUGCGCUUCCGUCAGCUGACGAUGGAGUAUCAGGCUCUUCAGAGAGCUUACGCGCUCCUGCAAGAGCAGGUGGGAGGAACGUUUGAUGCAGAGAAAGAGGUCAAGACUCGAGAGCAGCUUCAGGCCGAAAUGAUCCGGUACCAGACCAGAAUAGCAGAUCUGGAGUGUGUUCUAAGUCAUCAAGGACAGGAUAUGAAGUGGAUUGAGGAGAAACAAGCUUUGUAUAAACGCAACCAAGAGCUUGUAGAAAAGAUUAAAAAUAUGGAGAUGGAGGAGACACGACUGAAAAAUGAAAUUCAGGAUGCAAAAGACCAAAACGAACUCCUGGAGUUCAGAAUUCUUGAACUUGAAGAAAGAGAGAGAAGAUCUCCAGCCAUAAACUUCCAGAACAUCCAUUUUGCUGAGGGCAUGAGUCCCCUGCAGUUGUACUGUGAGGCAGAGGGUGUUACUGACAUUGUGAUCACAGAGCUGAUGAAAAAACUCGAUAUUCUGGGGGAUAACGCCGUAAGUAAUCUGACCAAUGAGGAGCAAGUGGUGGUUAUUCAUGCCAGAACAGUAUUAACAUUAGCCGAGAGGUGGUUAGAGCAAAUCGAAGUCACCAAAUCAGCAUUACAGCAGAAAAUGUUGGACAUCGAAAGUGAAAAGGAGCUCUUUAGCAAACAAAAAGGAUAUUUAGACGAGGAAUUAGACUACAGAAAGCAGUCAUUGGACCAUGCACAUAAGCGCAUCCUUGAGUUGGAGGCGAUGCUGUUUGACACUUUGCAGCUGGAGGAGACGGGUGGGAAGGUGUCCGAGCUGCUGAGCGAGCAGGACCGUGAUUCGCUGAGAGAGGCUGUGGAUCAGUGGAAGAGGCAGGUCUUGAGUGAAUUACGAGAGAGAGAUUCACAGAUACUCAGAGAGAGGAUGGAACUGCUACAACAUGCUCAAGCGAGGAUAAAAGAGCUGGAAGAAUGGAUAGAGGCACAGAAGCGACAGAUAAAGGAACUAGAAGAAAAGCCUUCAUUCUUUGGUCGUAGAUCUUCCAGAAAGCAGGAAACGGUGCCAUGCAGCUCAGUGGACUCUGCUCACAGGCCUCAAGUGUUCUUCUGUACCAGAGGAGGGUGACACACGUGUCAUCAGGGGUCCCACCCAUCUUAUCUGCGCUGAUACGAGACUUCAUACUGUUCACAUCAACUCUGGAAUAUGGACAUGGAAUAUGGUGCUCUCAUUCUUGUGGACUAAAACUGUUUUUAUCCUCCUGACCUUUUGAACUUUGCUUUAUGUGACCUCUGUGCGUGUGGAAUUUAAGGACUCUUAAAUUGAAACGCUCUCUCCUUUCCCUGCUAAGCAGGUGGUGCUGGAGGCUGCUUCUCUUUGGAAGCCUGAUGGAAUGAGAGGUGUUACGUUCAAAUCCUUCCUCCCACUGUUUACACUCACUCUACUUCGGUUCUAGUGGUACAGUACAUCUGGUGUUUGCGUGGUGGUGCUCGCCCGCUCCUGUGCAUUGAGAGAAGUGGAACUGAAAGUUCAAUCCUGGAAUUAAAAUUAUGUCUGGUUUUCUAAUGUACAGGAGCAGUGUUUCAAAUAAAUUUCUCAGAGGAAGACUGAAAAACUAAGAGGAUGUUUCUGCGUCUUUUUCUGCUCAUUGAAAAUAAAGCAGCACAGUGGAUUCUAAUGUACAUGCGUACCUCUGAACAGAAACUCAACGUAAG